GAAACCGUUCUCAAUACGCAACAUCAUUUUUUUUUUCAAAUAAAAGAUAACAUAAUAUCCCAGUUACAAUGAAGUUCAUGAUUGCAUUUGCUGUGGUUCUUGGCGUCGCUUUGGCUGUACCAGUUUCGGAGGAUAAGGAUGCCCAGGUGCUGAAGUUCGACAACGAUGUGGGAAGCGAAGGAUACAGCUUCGAGUACGAUACCAGCAACGGAAUCAAGGCGCAGGAAUCGGGUCAGCUUAAAUCCUUCGGUGAUGAUGUAUCUGCCGUUGUUGUAAAGGGAUCCUACUCCUUCACGGCCGCUGACGGACAAGUCUACACCGUGAACUACGUUGCCGACGAGAACGGAUUCCAGCCCGAAGCCGCCCAUCUGCCGCAGGCCUAGGAAUGAGAAAGAAGAAACGCACGCUAGCCAAGGAUAUCACGAAAAUUGAGUUGGUCAUCCCAUAACCUAAUGUAAAUAGAUGCCAUGUACUAAAUGUACAAACUUGUUCAGACAAUUGCAAUAAAAGAAAGUAUUAUGUGUUUAUUUCAAAAA